CAGAAGCUAGCACAUCCUCAAAUCUUCUGUAAUCUGGUUCCAUACACCUCGAGCAAUCUGCUGCUUGCAUGAAAAUCAUCGAACAAGAAGCCCGUACACGGCGGCAAAUCAUCCGUUUUAGCAACUUUAUUUUUUUCAUAUAAAAUCCAGAUCGGGCACAAAGACAGCAAACCGAAACAAAACUCAGUUACAUACUAGCCUUUCACCUGCUUCCUACCUUCUUUUCCCCCUUUUUUCCUUUUUAAAAAAAUAAACCCUCAUCGACCAUCUCUUUUAAGAAAGCGAAUUCUAAAUAAACUCGGUUAUGGAAGUCAAGUCUGGGUCAAAACUUCGUCGUAGCGGGCGCAGCAAGAACCGCACGGCGAAUCCAAUGGCCGUAUACGAUUACGCUCUACGAUGUGCACUUCGAGCAUACCUGGAACAGUCAGGCAACAACAACAGUGCAGCAUUGAAUGCAUCGAAAAAGGACCGAGGCGACAACCGUCAUUCCAUCCAUAUGGGUGUGAGCGGUGUACUCGGAUCGCUGACGGACAAAUUUGGUGAUGAUGAGAAAAAGUCGGACAAGUUGACACGAGAGAUAGUACGCGGGCUCCUGAAACGACUUGACGAGGUGAAGAAGAGCAAAGACUUGUCGAAAAUGGAUCGCGAGGAAAAGAUAUUUCUGGCCAUCAUCUCGCAGUUUCAAUCCAAGCUGCAGCAGCAACGGUAUCGACCCACCGGUACCGUCAACGACCUUGUCAUUACAUUUCUGAAAACGGCUGAGGCUGAGCUUCGCAAAUCGGAUCCGAACCCUGCGAUCUGGUAUGAGGAACUCAACCGUCAUAUCGCCCGGUUUGCAGAAAUCGUCAAGCAGACCGUCCAGGAAGAUGCACCUUCGUCCGCCACCCCCGAAUUGAUGGAGAAGCUCAACCAUUUCAUCACGCCGACGAAGCGACGCCAGUCGGAUCGAAAGCAGCCUGCGCCGCCUUCACCAAACUCGCCUCAGCCGGCAGACGGUUCGAUUGAAGCUCUCGAGAGUUUCCCCAUGAUAUCCUUGAUCCAGAAUAUGUUCCAAGUCAGUGAUGCGGAUCAUCGAAAGAAGUUGAAGGAGCUUCGUGCUGUUUGUACUGAUUCUGCUAUUUUGAUGGAUCUCAAAAAAUGUAUCAACAAUGUCCAUACCAACCAAUCGUUUCCCGGACGACGAGAAGAUUUCCCCAGUCAGCAAGCGUACGAUAACUGGCAUCGCCGUGAAGUCAAACAGCUGACAGAACUGAUGAACACAAUGAUGCUGAUGAAGCCCAACUUGGCACUUAAUUCAGCAAGCGAAACGGACAUGGGCUUCUCCAACUUACUUGCGAGUGAAGGAGCUCGCUCGAGAAACUCGCUCCAACAAGGCGAAACUGAUAGUCAAAACACUUUUGCUUUCAUUCCAAACGAUCCUCGCUCCUAUUUCCGCUUGCUCAUGUCCAUGUGUAUCGAUUAUGAUAACGAAGUGGUGCCAGAUUGCGAACGCGCCAAAACGAGUGUUCUAUCACAACAGUCUGACGAGCUUUUGCGUGAGUGCUGGCGAACAUGGCGUCUGUCGUCUCCUUUCCGUGCCGUGUUGUAUCUCGAACUUGUUCGGACCCGCUUUGAUCAAAACAAACUCGAUUUGGAAGAUGUCAAGGAUGCAUCACGUGCUCUAGAUAAAGUUAUCAAGGAAAAUGAUUCCAGUUCUUGGGCGAUCAAUGAUCGAGAGUCUCUCAUUCGUGCAUAUGAAGGUCUUAACCAUACCCUGCUGCAUGAAUUGGAGGCCGCUCUCUCAGAAUACUGGAAAAUAAGACCUUCUUGGGUAUACGAUCUUGUUGGAAUGCUCGAUAAAAUAUAUGAAAACCCCGCAUACUUAGAAGACCAUGCCGAUCCUAUGUUAGCAUUCUCUCGUUUGGAAGAGACAGUAGAGGGUGCUGCUGUGAGUCGAUGGCGAACACUCGAGAAAGCGAUUCUUGAUGAUACCCAGGACAGUCUUACCAAUUUGCUUACAUUGGCUGACAAACUUAUCAAAGAGCUGGUAUCUAUAUCUAAAAAGAAGUUUAGCACGCCAAUCAAAGGUUACUUGGAAGUUCCUGGCAUUGUAAUGGCACGACACAUGCCAUUUUUCGCCUUGGAAAUGGAAAAUUGGGCAUAUUCACCUGAAGCACGAAACGCACCUGUCGAGGUCACAUUUGAAUUAUACCACAAAGUUCUGAGUCUGAAGCGACUCUAUGAUCAAUAUGGCCCUCGACAAAAGGCGGCCUUGUUUAAAGUAGAAUCAUGGUUCUUACAGCAUGUCCGACGAUGGCUCAAGACCACACACGCAGCAACUCCAGAAUGGGUGGAAAAUGCUAUUAAACAAGAUGAGUUUAAACCUAUCAACGAAACAGCAGUACACUCUUCCUCUAUUGUCGAUCUAUUCAGUAUGUUCCACCAAGCUGUGGACUUUGUACAAAACUUACAAUGGCCUAAUGAGCUCCAGCGCUGCCGGUUCCUAACAGCAUUAUCAAAGGUAAUUGCCAUUGCUCUUGAUCAAUACACAAAUACCAUUGAGCACUUCAUUCUUGAAGAAGUCAGUCCACCGCAGGAAUUGGAAGCCGACCCCUCCUCGACAGGCUCCUUCCUUGACAAAGCACGCUAUCUUACUGGUAGCCAUAAUACUGUCAAAGAAGAAGCCAUGCCACCCGAUUUUAAUCCAGAGCUAUGCGUAAUGAUCAACGACAUUGAAGCAGCUCGUAGUCGACUUGACCGAUUGUAUCAAAUUAUGGACGUGGACGAAAUUGCAGACAGAAUGCGUGAAUUCGGCUCUCCCGCAGUCGAAAAGACCGAACAAACGAACUUUUUGUACUCGAUCCGUGUCGUUCGUGCCGAAAAUUUACAGGCACUGGACAACAACGGCCUGAGCGAUCCAUAUGUCGUUCUGGAAAUCAGCAAAAGGGAAGUCGCAAAGACACGUACAGUUUACAAAACGCUCAAUCCACGCUGGGAUCAAACAUUUGAUAUCUGGCUAAACGAGCGUGAUGCCGACGCAUUGGCCGUUGUUUAUGAUGAAGACAUGAUUGGUGCCAACCAAGAAUGCGGCAGCGUUUGGUUUAAACUGUCGCCCAGUUAUUUCGAUGAUUAUCAGAUGCAUGAUCUGAAUCUUACACUACACCCUCAAGGCAAAUUACAUUUGCGUGUAAGUCUGGUCGGUGAAAAAGAUGACAUCCAGUUUUGGUUCGUCAAGGCAUUCCGUACUCUGAAACGAUCCGAAAACGAUGCAGCAGCGCUCAUCGUUGACCAGAUGGGUCGAUUCAUGCGAUACUGUUUAUCCCGACGCACAUUGGAUAAACUGAUGCGCAAAGACAAGAGCUUCUUCUCAUCAUUUAGCCGCUCUAACAAGCAAGUUGAACCAAGCUUACAAGAGUGUGAAGAUGCGAUCGCCCCAUUAUUGGACUAUCUGGAAAAGAACCUCAAAAUUCUAAAUGAUAACUUGUCAGAAACCAAUAUGCAGUUGGUUGUACUGAAGAUAUGGAAAGAGGUGCUAUUGACCUUGGAGGGUGUCUUGCGUACUCCCAAGACCGAGAAUAACCAUCAACAAGAUGCCUCACUGGACGAAUACGAGGAACACAUCGUUCUCAAAUGGCUCGAGCUCCUGAAAGUCUUCUUCAACGGUGGUGAAGAUGGAGAUGCAGUACCACUCGACAAAUUGGAAAACAAGCAUUAUCGCUCGCUUAUUCAAGAUGUCCGUCAUCACAGAGACUCUGCUCCUAUCGAGGGUUACUAAUCUUCUUUUGCUUCUUUACUCUUAUCCUUUGCCACCAUCACACCAGUAAAAAACGUCCCUUGUCUUCCCCGUAAUAUAUAUCCUUUUCUUUUGCAAGUCAAACCAACGCGCACAUGCAUGUACUAUUACAAAACUUCCCCUCGCUCCUUUUUUUCUCUCUUCCUUUCAAUCUUAUACAUAUAUAUAUAUAUAUAUACUAUGCCGUUUUUCUUUUUUUCUUCUUUAUUACCAUUAUUAUUACUGCUUGCGUGUGUCUUUUGAAAAUUU